AUGUCGACCAUACCAUAUCCUUUAGCAUCCCUUUCCCAAAUAUCCCAAACACCGUCUCAAGGCGAUGGAAUUUCAUCUGAAAUCGAGGUGGGUCUACGGGCAUAUGGCUGCAAGCUCAUCCAACAGGCUGGAUUGUUGCUAAAACAGAACCAAGUGGCGAUGUCUACCGCACAAAUACUUUUUCAGCGAUUCUGGUAUGUUACAUCACUCAAACAAUUUAGUGUUUCGGAUAUAGGAAUGGGAGCUUUAUACUUGGCAUCUAAACUUGAAGAAUGCCCGAUCCGGAUGCGAGACCUCAUCAACGUUUACGACCUGCUUCUUGCUCGAGCAAAACAUAGCUUACGGGAAGAUGACCAGCCAUUUCACUACACGCCGAUGGGCUAUUUCGAUAACGCAUUCUAUGACGCCAAGGACGCACUAGUUGUGGCCGAAAUGCAAUUGCUGAAACGGCUAGGUUUCGAUGUCCGUGCUCGGCUGCCUUAUGGCACAAUGGUCAACUAUGCUCAAGUAUUGAACCUAACGGAUGCAAAAGGAAAGAACGGACAAGGCGUCCCCCAAUUGGCAUGGAGUUAUUUGAACGAUGCCCUUCAAACACCCGUAUAUGCCCUUUAUCCAGUUCCAACUAUUGCUUGUGCCGCUCUCCAUCUAGCCGUACGCCACGCAGGUAUUCCACUACCCGGAGAUCGUAUGGACAAGUCUGCACAUGGCCCCAUCGCGAACGAUGACACGGACACUAACGCAGUCAUUGAUGAAACACUUUCGAGGGAACAAGAAUUACGACGAAAACUCGAACUUAGAAACCGAGAGACUCGGGAGAAUGACGAACCGGUGUGGUACACGUUAUUUGAUGUAGAGAGAGAGGACUUGGAGGCAGUGGCAGGCUGGGUUAUGCGGUUAUAUCAACCCCAAAAAUCAACUUACGAGAAAACCAUCGUCGAACUAGUUGUAGGAGGGAAGAAAUCUGUUCGGGCGUGGGUAGACGGACAUGCCGAGAAUAUUUAG